AUGUCUUAUGUUUCUAGUUGGCCUGUAUUUGUAGAAUGUGAUACAAGUACAAAAUUUUGGAAUAGAAAUGAUUGUGUUGUUGACAAUAGUAUUUUAUUAAGCGAAGAAUUAAAGAAAACAGACUAUAAAAGUGUAACAAUAAAAGAACGAACUUAUGUGUUAAACAAUAAGGGUUAAUUUUACUACUUGAAGUAAGAUAAGUUAAGAUGGGUGUAAUUGAAUACAUAAAUGAGUGUAAAAUUAAUAGAAUUGAAGUUACCAUAAAGAGAUCAUGAUGUUGUAAAGGUGAUUAGAAUAAAGAAAAAUCAGAGAGUUUAUGCAUGUUUUUGGAAUAUAGAUUAGUAAUAGUUUUAAUGAAUAGAGUUAGAAGACAUUUGAAUAUUUUAAAAGGAUAGCUGGAUUUUGUGUAUGUUAGAAUUUCGAAUAACUGUACACAUUCUAAGAUUUAUUGGGAAAGGGUGGUUAUUCUAAAGUUUAUAAGCUUUGUCCAGUUAAUAAACUACCUUAUUAAAAGUAAUUUUAUGCUGGGAAAGUAUAUAAUAAAGUAGAAGUGAAUUCUAAAAAGAAUUUAAUGUCAAUUUCAUAAUUAAUAAGAUAAGAAUGUGAGAUUUUAAAAAAGUUGAAUUCUCCAUUUAUUUUGAACUUAUUUGAGAUAAUCCAAUUAGAUGAAUAAUUAAGUAAGAAUGUUUAAUAAAAAUUAUGAAUAGUAUUGAUAACAGAAUUAUUAAGUAGUGGAUCUUUAUAUUAAUUACUAAAGGAGAAAGUUCGUAUAUAAGAAAUGGAAGCAAGUGGAAUAAUAAUGAGAAUAGCACUAGGAUUAUAAUGUCUUCAUAGGUAAAAAGACAAUUAACUUAGUUUAGGGUAUGUUCAUAGGGAUAUAAAAUUAGAGAAUGUAUUGCUAGAUAAAGAUGAGAUAAAAAUAAUAGAUUUAGGAUUUGCAGAAUAAAUAAAUAGAAAUGUAUUAACUUCAGGAUAAGGUACUGUAGGUU